AUGUCAUCAUCAUUAUCGUAUACGCCAUGUGAAGAUCGAACAGUGAAUGUAUCACAUUUAUCACUUGGAUCUCUUGAACAAAGUUUUCAUCCAGAAAUUAGUUCAUUACCUGAAAUAUCUCCACUAGGACACUUGGGAGUACUCAGAACAACAGGAAUAUGUCACGAAAACAAAAACUUAACCUUAUUAGAAAAUACAGUAACUAUAAAUUCAACAUCUCUUAACAAUUUUCAAAGAAAUAUAAACAUUAACGAGCAAACAGAAGAUAAAAAUAUGCUAUCAUCUUCAAUAUCUUGCAAUAAAUCACUGCUUAUAAAAAAUAAAAAAUCAUCUAUUUCAGAUGUAUCAACCUCAUUUAAUCAUUCUGAUGACAGUGAAACUAGCAUUGAUCAUGAUCAAGAACAAAAAUCUCUAGCUAUUCUUGAAAAAAGUCUUCCUAUUAUUGAUGAAAAAAGAAAUGGAGAUAUUCAAGUAAUAUCAUUGCUUCCACCAUAUAAUGAAUUAGAAAAUAUUAAAACUCCUAUAACGCAAAAAAUAUCAUCCCAAUUAGUUCCUACUGAUACAACUAUUACAACAAAAAUAAAUGAUAUAAAGAUACCUCAAAGUGCAAUGAAAGGUUUCAAAGAGCAUUUAGAAGAGAUAAAAAAGGCACAGAAAUUAGAAAAGCCUGGCUCACGACUUACUCUUCGUGAGCAAAGUAAUGUCAUUGACAGCUUACGUAAAGAAAAGUGGGAUCUUCAAAUGAAAGUCUUUUUUCUUCAACAAUAUCGUGAUAGAUCAAGAGAUGAAGCAGUAGAAGAAAUGAUAAAACAGAAUAUAGAAUUAGCAACUACUGUACGUGAACUUAGCAAAACAAAUAAAAACUUAAAACGUAUAAUUAAAGACAUGGAAACAAAUAAUCAUGAUAAUUUAAUUGAUGACAAUGAAAAAUAUGAAAAAUAUGAAAAAAUGCUUGAAAUUCUACAAGAAAAAAUUAAAGCAUAUGAAAUAGAAGUUGAAAGACUCCAUGGAUUAUCACCAAGUAGCCUAACUAAAAUAUUUAAUGAACUCGAAACUAAAGACAUUAACCAAACAAAAAAACACAGUGAAUUUAAAACUAAAUCAAAAAAUUUCAAACCUAAAAACAAAGAACAUUAUCAAGAAAUACAGAACUAUAAAAAUAAUGGAAGAUCUAAAAUUUAUCAAUUGAAGAGUAGCGAAAGUUUUAACAACAUAUGUGAUAUAAAAUUCCACAAUGAAUUACGCGAUUGUAUAACAGAAUUAAAAUUUAAAAACCAAACAUUAAAAGAAGAAAAUAAAAAAUUAAAUUUAGAACUUGAAAAUCUUGAUGUUCUUAGAGAAAAUGAAAUGAUUAAACUUGAAGAUAACUAUAAUGAAGAAUUAGAAAAGCUUCAUAACUUACUUGAUGAACUCAAUAAUGAAAAUGAAAAUCUAAGAAUAGACAAAGUAAAUAUACUCAAAGAAAUUAAUGCAUUGUCCGAAGAAUACACCAGUUUUAAAACAGAAGCAAAAUUAGAAAUCCGAAUUAGAGAAGAAGAAAUGCUUAAAAUGGUUUCUGAUAUUGAAAAUUAUGAAGAAAUUUUAAAAAAAAAAAACGAGCAUAUAAACGAUCUUUUCCAAAAAAUAGAGGAAGCAAAUAUCCAAAUAAACAAAUUAGUCCAUUCUCAUAACGAAAUUGUUCAAGAUUUAAAAGAGAAACAUCUACAUGCAGAAGCAAUUAUUGAUAACCUUACUCAACAGCAAGAGGCCUCUAUUAAAGAACUAAAUUAUUACAGAGAAAAUUCUGAAAACCCUUGUAAAAUAUCUAAAUUGAAAAGGAAAAUUCACAUUUUAGAGCAAAAAAAUAUUCAGGCAAGUGAAGAAAUAGAAUAUUUAAAAAAAAAUACUCAAAUACACAAAUAUAAGUAUAAUCAAAAUACUGAAAUGAUAAAUAAAAACGAGGAAACAUUGCAUGAAGAUAAAAAUGAACCUAAAAUUGUUAAGGACGAUCCCGAAGAGAAAAUUGGUAAAACAGAUAUAUCUACAAAGAUGCUAAAUAAUUUAAAAAAAUCUCUAAAUGAUAUAUUAAGUUGUAAUUCACUAAACCAUAAUGAAAUAAUUAUGAGUAUCAAAAAAUUAAAAUCUGAUUUAUUAAUAUCUCAAAAAGAAAUAGAAAAGCUAAAUAAUAAUUUAAUAGAAAAAAACAUAGUUUUAAAAAAUAAAGAAGAAGUUUUAGAGUCUAUGGCUCAUGAAAAUCAAAAAAUUUUGGAACAAUUAAACAAAGAAAUUUCUAAUAAAAAAAAUGCAUUACAACAACUUUCCAAAUUAACUAUAUUUACUGAAUCAUCUAGAUCUAUUCUUGCAAAUCGUGAAAAUAAAAUAACUACCUUAGAACAUACCAGAACAAAAGAUAAUAAAAUUUUAAAUACACUAAAAAAUCAAUAUAGCAAUCAAUUAUCAGAACGUAAUUCUCUUCUUAUGAUAUUUUGGGAAAAGCUUUCGACUCUUUUAAAUUCCGAAUGGAUACAGAAUAUACCUCCAUCAAGUAUGGAUGCAUCAAAUAACUUCAUAUAUUUUAGUAAAAAUUCUAUACUUUGUAUUAAGCAUAUUGAAAAAUUAAUCAAUAGUUUUCCAACUAGAUGCAAAGAACUCGAACAUAAAUUGUUAAAAGAAUAUCAAACUAUUGUAACAACUCUUGAAAAUAGAACAAAACGUAUAUCUCAUUUAGAAAAUUUCCUUAAAAAAAACAUUUCGGACCAAGCUAUAUUCAAAGAACGAAUUAUGGGUCUUAAAAUAGAAAAUCAUGAAAUUAAGUCUAAAUUACGCGAAAGUAUAAGAAAUAAUCAAAAAAUACAAUCAUUAGUAAACUCUCAAGAAACUAUUAUUUCUACAAAAUCCAAUUUAAUGGAAAAUACACAGAAUUCUAUUAAAAAUAAAAAAUGGGUUUUACGGUUAAGAGAAUUAGAAAAUAGAUUAAAAGCAGAAAAGGAAGCACGCAUACGUGAUCGAAAAGGAGCUCAAGAAAGACUUGCAGACUUCCAGCAUGAAAAUGAAGAACUUAGAGAAGAGUUGCAAAUGGAAAGAAAUGCUAUACAUUCUAAACCAUUUUCAGAACUGUCUAUAUAG